AUGCCCCGGGCCGCUCGCAAAUGGACGCCAGAAGAAGAUAAUCUGCUAUCUCGAGAGGUUCAUUCUCAAUUAGCCGAGGGCAAAGUAAAAGACUGGACGGUGAUUGCAAACAAGAUCCCUGGCCGCACAAACAAAGACUGCCGGAAACGGUGGCACAAUGUCCUGUCAGGGGGGUUCAAUAAAGGCUACUGGACCGAAGAGGAGGACAAACUGUUGACUCGAGCAGUACAAACACAUGGAGAAACAUGGACAGCGGUCGCCGAGGUUGUGAAAACACGCAGUGCAGAUCAGUGCGCCAAGCGAUGGAAACAAUGUCUGGAUCCACAGCUCGAUCGUAGUGAAUGGACAGAGGAUGAUAACCGUCGGCUGGUAGAAAUCGCGGCCGUGAAAGGGAGACGGUGGAAGGAAAUCCAGACGGAGUAUUUUCCUUCACGAUCCCGCAACACCAUCAAAAAUCAAUACACCAUCCUCACUCGGCGAGAGAACAAGUUAAGACCCAGCAAAAGUAGGAAGCUAAGUCAACGCCAGGAAGAUCUAAUGACCAAGGAAACUGCGCUUCCGACCGAGUGGUCAUCAGACGAUGAGGACGACGAGGACGACGAGAGCAGCUGUGAGGAGGACGAAGAUGGUAGUGCAGAGGAAGAAAGCAGCCGACGGGGUCCACGCAACUGCCGGGGGGACCAGAGCGUGUACAGCUCCACAUCCAAUUCCGACCCUACGCUCGCGGUUCCCACCGAGGUCUCUGUGUAUGCAGGGCCGGAUGCCUUGCCAUGGGAUGAUCUUUCAGCUGGAGCCUCCGGUCACGCGUGGGAUCCGACCAUGUCCUCCGACACUGACUUUCCUGGACACGGUUUCAACGGCACUCUGCCCGAUCUACCUACCGUCUCUCCGGAUGUUUUGCAGGGUUUUGGUCGCCACGGGUCGGAUGCUGCUAAGCAGGCGUUCUAUCCCGAUCUUCUCUCCCCGGUGCCCACUGACAUAUCCGGAUUGUUCGGCCAGGGGGUUCCAGAAAUGGCAGAAGUCGAAUCCCAACAACCUGCCAUCAUACCACUCCAAGGCAUAGCGGUGCCGCGUCAGUAUUCUCGCGGUAACAAAGUCGUCCUUACCGUCGAGGAACCAGACCAUCGGACGGUCGAGGCCUUAGUGCAGGUUGCAUUUCUCAGUGGAACUCCGUUCCAUUUGGCGCGUGGAUGA